GUGAAAGACGUACCCGGAAGAAAUGUCUACAUAUACUGGUGCUCCCUCCUCCAAAACUACUAGAGAGGUCAGGCUGAGUCGCGUAUGACUACAGUAUGGUGCCAAAGAGAGAGUGAAUGCGCUGACACAGGAGUGGAAACAUCAUAAUUUUCUUAAAAAAUGGAAGCGGCCGGUGCGAACGGAGCCCUGCCGGGGGCUGGCGAGGACAGCCUGGAGCUCCGGCUGAUCAUGGCCUACGUUCAGAAGAGGAGGCCCUCGCGUCGGAUCGCUCCCGCGACCGCCAAAGCGCACGAGGCCCCGCGGCCGCCCCGGGACUCCGGCAGGAGGACGAAGAAGAAGCAGAAGCUAGGUAAGCUGAGGAUGUUCUUCCCUUGCAUUCGUUCCCAGGAGGAGGAGGCGGAGCAGCAGUCCCAGCCCUCAGAGCCUGACGGAGGGGGACGCCGCUUCAGAGCCGCGGGUCCCGACAGAACCUGCUCGGCGGGCACGGUGGUCGCGGUGACCGAGAAGCUGACGAGGAUCGUGGACUCCGUGCCCCUGGAAUUUGAAGACAUUGAAACGGACGGCCCAGACGAUGUUGUUCAGACCAUUGUGGAGCUGCUACGAGAAUCUGGCGACCGGCUCAAUGAAGAGAUGAAGACGAACAAGUCCCUGGCCGAGCUGUUCCGCAAAGGUUUCACCUACUCCCUGUUUGAGAGGGUGACCGGCCUGUUCCUCCAGAAGGUGGACCCGUCCCACGUUCCCGGCUCCAGUGUCCCGGAGCAGGCCCAGGUGGCUCUUGCCUUCGAGGUGACCAGCAGGCUGACUGCUGUGGACUGCCAUCCCAUGAACGUGGUGAUGGGCUUCGGGGCCAAGUACCUGCAGGAGAACUACUCCAGCUGGGUGAAGCAGCAUGGCGGCUGGGAAAACGCUUUUGACGCUGAAGAUGAUGAGGAAGUCCAAUGAAACAGGAAUGUUUCAAUUCCUGUAUUUUUUCCCCAAGAUUGAAUCACUCAUGUGAUGGAUCUUGCAGUGAUUGUCAGAAUCAAAGCCGUAAGAAGAAAUUUUAGCAUCUCCAGCAUCUUUAUGCAAUCAUCCAACUGCAGAACUUUCCCAAGGGACAACCCUGCUUUUUUUCAAAAACUUUGCCCACAGCCACAGGCGGGUACAUUUGUACCGGACACUUUUGUUAUAGAAUAAUAACAAAAUGCAGGAUGCGCAUUAUAAUUUAAAAUGAUUCUCUCUUCGGGAUAAAAGAAAAAAGGGUGGGACAGCAAGGUGUGUACAUGUUAAAUAUUUUGAUUUAUCUUUUACAUUUUCUGUUGGAGGUUGUGCGGGCCGGUCAAAGAGUGACUCCUGAAUUUCUGUUUAUUCAGAAAUACAAUGGUAAAUUUGAUCCGCCAGAACUGAUCUCCCGUUAGAAAAUUUUGCAUUGUAAGCAUUUGAAGAACAAGGGUGCAUUUCAGUUGUUUUUGUUUAUGAAUGGUUGAAGAGAGCCAGGAAAGUGAAUCAUUGUGAUGUUUGUAUGUUUUUUUUAAAUUUUUUUUUAAAUUAAUUACAAAAAUGGGCACAGGCCAAGUUCUUCCAUUUAAAUAUACUGGAAUGAUUGCACCACAUAUUAAGCACUAUUAUCAAGUAGUGUUGAUUGUUUACUUUUUAAUAUGUCCAUGUUUGAGUGCAUUAAUGAAACCAUAGGGGGAUUGUGCAUGCAGGAUUCCCCUCCUAUUUUUCUUUUCUUUUGGAGAGGGGGGGGGGGGUAUAAAGGUCACAAUGAAGAUAAUCAUUUUGUACAGUAACUAUGCAUUUUCAUUUGGGGGGCUGUUGAUGAAUGGCCUUUUAAAGAUGCAAGAACUUUAUACUCUCAGUGGUACUGUUCAAUUCAAUUGUCCAGUCAUCUUGGUGUGCUAAUUUCGAUAUUUAUGUUCUUUUCCGGACCAUAUAAUUAUCUUGAAUUGGCUGUCUUCAGAAGUAUAGUUGCAGUUAAGGCUCUUUCAGAUUCCUUUUGAGCAGACAUACGGGGGGAAAUGUGAAAGGAUUGUGCAGGAAAAUAACAUAAAAUUAGAAGUAAUCUUGAUGACCGCCAUGAUCUAAGAAAUCCAUUUUGGGUUGUAUUUCUCAUUGAUGGGUUCUUCACUUUGUGACUCCCUUUACUUGCAUCUGCUGAAGCCUAAAUCCAAAAUGAACUGAAGAGCAAAUGCAAAAUGAAGAAAUGGUGCAAUAAAGAUAUCCAGCAAAUUCUUGUAUCUUCUAAAGGUCUGAGAACAGUCCUUUACAUUACUGGAUUUCAUUUUAAAUGGAAAUCCCAUGCAUCCCAUACGCUGUUUAUCAAAAUGUAUUCAACAUUACAUAUCAGCUUGUGCCUUAAGUCUGAAUGCCAAAGGAUAGCCUACUUGUUGGCUGGGGUAAAAAUAACUUUAAAUUCAUUAAAUAAUGCAGUAUGUAACGCUAUGUAAGACACCUUGUAAAAUUAAAUUACAUUUAUUUCUGAAUAAAUAAAUGUGUGAAACCUAUGUAGACUGUA